CUCUCUCUCUCUCUCUCUCUCUCUCUCUCUCUCUCUCUCUAGCUCUGAGAGGCUGUGCUUCUGCUCUUUCACUCUCUCUCUGUCUCUCUCUUCAGCUCUGUGCGUGUUGGAAGGUUUGAUUGGAUGCUGACAGUGUGAAGUUUCUUGGCGAUGUGUGGACCAAACUGUGUGCGUCGAUCUGAAUUCGGUUUCGGUUUUGCGAUUAACUGUGGCUUCUUCAGAGAUGUUUGAUUGGAACGACGAAGAGCUUGCAAACAUAAUAUGGGGUGAGGCAGGUGAGAGUGAUGAUCAUAUUGUGCCUUAUAACGAGGCAAGUGAUGAUUAUUACAACAAGAAGGAAUGGAAACAAGAGUCUCACACCAUCAAGCCUACCAAACAGAAGAUCCAUGGGUCCAAAAUUGACUUGCAAGACAGAAAGUUGGAAAACAGUUCCAAUUUUGAUACGGGUGAAGGAAUUUCUACCUCUGAAUUUGGAAUGGACUCGUGGCCUGAUUUAUCAUUAUCUAAUGUUGCAAAAAGUGAACAACAUUGCACAGCUGAGGGAAUCCAACUUGAUAAAGAUGGUGAAAUUUUUCAAAACUCCAAUGAAGGUAAAGAACAAGGUGAUCUUGUUGACUACGGAUGGGCUAACAUUGGAAGUUUUGAUGAUCUUGACCAGAUUUUCAGCAAUGAUGACACUAUAUUUGGCAACGUAAGUCUUGGUAAUGCUGAAGAGCUAUGGUCUUCUAGAGAUGCAACUAACAGUCCAAUCAAAGCCUUUCCUGUAUCUUCAGAUUCACGGAGUUUCACAUCAGGUGCGGUAACGAAUGCUUCUGAGCAUUUGGAAAUUAAAUCAGACUAUAUCCAGAAAGAUGACCAGUCGAUCAUCCCAGGCUAUGGGAAGAUGGAUUAUUCUACAGGUCAUGGUCUGCGGAAUGUGCAUGCCACACUUGAUCAAGUAGAAUAUGCUGCAGGUAAAAGUAAGCCCGUGGACAAGGAACAGUCAGAUAUGGACACGGGCAAAAGCACUUUGACAAAUCCUUACCUGAAUGCUGAAAAUUCUUCUUCCCCAAAUGAAAUAGCUGAUAAGGUUUCUAGGCAGAAAAAGUUAAUGAGGUGUCGUAAAAAGUUGGAGGAAAAAAAUGAGGAGAAAUCAGUGCAAGAUUUUUAUGGUACUUGGCCUUCAUCAAGAACCCCUUCUGGACAUUUUGAAAACCAAUCGGAACACUUCAUGCUACAAUCUUCCCCUUCUGCAGCUCUCAGUCAGAAGAGACAGCUUCAAGGACCCGAGUCUUUACCCUACCAGGAGUCUUUACCCUACCAGCAUAUCUCAAACCAAAGUGUGGCCCAGUCUAUGUAUGGGAACCUCACUAAUCCAUCUAUGCAUGUGUCAUCUCACAUUCUGCCUGGGGAAUUUAAGCAUCAAAAUUUGUUUUCUGGUUGUGAAGUUUCUUCUGGAAAGGCAAAUACUAUAAACAAGUCAUUAGAUACUUCUGCAAAGCCGCUAACCAUGUCUCCUCAAGAAAAAAUUGAAAAGUUAAGGAGGCGGCAGCAACUACAGGCAAUGCUUGCCAUUCAGAAGCAACAGCAACAACUUAGUCAUCAAAUCUCUAGUACCACUCAGUCUAGCUCUCAAAAAUGUCCGCAGGAAAAUCAAAUUCAGCACUUUGAGAGAGCUGAUCUGGAAGUUGAAGGCUUAAGUACUCUUCCUUCUCUGGACCCAAACUCAUCCAUAGAACAAGAUGAUUCCAAUAUAGUUUCUGCAGCAGUUGAUGAUCACUCAGCGGAGGAUACAAUACUUUAUAGGCUUCAAGAUAUUGUAUCAAAGUUGGACAUCAAAAUAAGGCUUUGCAUACGGGAUAGCUUGUUCCGGUUGGCUCAAAGUGCAGUGCAGAGGCAUUAUAAUAGUGAUACUAGCAGUUCAAACAAAAUUAGCAAGGAUGAGGAUGAAGUCGUUGCAAGGGAUGAAAUCAAUAGUCAUAACAGGUUUGGUAGGAUACUGGAUUUGGAAACAGAGACCAAUCCCAUAGAUCGAACCGUGGCUCAUUUGCUCUUCCAUAGACCUUUGGAUUCAUCAGGAAAAAAAUCCGACGCGUCUGAAUCACCUAUUUCUACCAAGUUGCCAUGUGAACACAAAACAGCGGGCUUAGUGAACUUGUCAAAUGAAUGCUUUCCUGACAGGGUGAAGAUCAAGCAGUGCUUUCCUCGCCAAGGAUCUGUAAGUUGUUGCCCAUCGGCUGAUCCCGGUUCUGUGGACCAGUUUAAAAAUAGUCCUCUGAUGGAUACCUCGGAAGACGCAUCUAACAAUGGUCCGGCACCAGCGCAUGGUGGAACUAUGAAGGUUGAAGCUUCUCUCUGAGGAAGUCCUUGCGCCUCAGAAUUCGAUAAGGCGUUCGUGGAGCUUCAGCCUUCGGACAUCAAUCAUUACCGAUGGGGAGCGUCCUGUAAAUCAUUGUGCUCUGUAAAACUGGUUGCAUGCAUAUACAUAUCAUGUUGCAAGACUUAGUGUCAUAAGAUUAGCUGGUGUGUUUCCUUUAAACAUAUUCAAGGCAAUACUUGAGACCUCUGUAAGUAAUAUUUUCUUGUACGAAGGGUGGGAGCCUGUGCACAUUGGAUCCGUCUCUCCGCCUCUCUUCGGCUUGUAAGAAAUUUGUACGUUCAGAUGGCGAAAAUAAAUCCAGAGCUGAACUGAGAUUCUUUCGUACCUUCAGCACCAAAUGGAUCUCAUAGCAUCAAUUUAACAGUAUCUAAAACAGUCAAAACAAACAGAAGGCUUAAAUCGAGAGGUCGUCUUGGCUCAUUUUGAUAAGCAUUCCCAAACCUCAAGAAAUAUUUUACUGGGCUGGACAUUGGCUUGAUGUGUCAAGUGUCAUAUACAAAUAGUUGAAUUUUUUUUUUUUUUUUUUUAUGUUUCUAAUCAAUUGUACUAUUACAAUUAUUAUACCGGUAUUUGUUCCUGGCACACUAAAAAUCUCUCUC